CGGGCGGGCGGGCGCGGAGCGGUGCGGAGCGCAGCUGUCCGGCGUGAUCCUGCCAGCAGAGAUGCUGCGGGUGCGGUGCUUGCGCGGGGGAAGCCGAGGAGCCGAAGCCGCGCAUUACAUCGGCUCACGGCUUGGAAGAGCCUUUAUGGGAUGGGUGCAGCAAUCUUUCCAGAGCACCCAGGCAGCUACAGCCUCCCAGAACACCUGUGCUGCCGAUGACAACAAGGCUACUAGCCCCGUGCCUAAGGACUGUCCUGUUUGCUCAUACAAUGAAUGGGACCCACUGGAAGAGGUCAUUGUGGGAAGAGCUGAAAAUGCUUGCGUCCCACCCUUUUCUGUGGAAGUUAAGGCCAACACGUAUGAAAAGUAUUGGGCAUUUUAUCAGAAAUUUGGAGGCCAGAGCUUCCCCAAAGACCAUUUGAAAAAAGCUAUUGCUGAAAUUGAAGAGAUGUGCAAUAUUUUGAAAAGAGAAGGUGUAAUUGUCAAGAGACCUGAUCCAAUUGACUGGUCUGUGAAGUAUAAAACACCUGAUUUUGAGUCUACAGGUAUGUAUGCUGCCAUGCCAAGAGACAUCCUGUUAGUGGUUGGAAAUGAAAUUAUUGAAGCGCCUAUGGCUUGGCGUGCUCGGUUCUUUGAGUAUAGAGCAUAUAGACGCAUAAUCAAAGAUUAUUUCAACCGUGGUGCUAAGUGGACAACUGCCCCCAAACCCACAAUGGCAGAUGAACUCUAUGAUCAGGAUUAUCCAAUCCGCUCUGUUGAAGACAGGCAUAAACUGGCUGCUCAGGGAAAAUUUGUAACUACUGAAUUUGAGCCAUGCUUUGAUGCUGCUGACUUCAUUAGAGCUGGAAGAGAUAUCUUUGUACAAAGGAGCCAGGUUACAAAUUACAUGGGCAUUGAAUGGAUGAGGCGACAUCUUGCACCAGACUAUAGAGUCCACAUAAUAUCCUUUAAGGAUCCUAAUCCCAUGCACAUUGAUGCCACUUUUAAUAUCAUUGGACCUGGUCUUGUGCUCUCUAACCCAGACCGUCCCUGCCAUCAGAUUGAGCUCUUCAAGAAAGCAGGCUGGACCGUGGUUCGCCCCCCAGUGCCACUGAUUCCAGAUGAUCACCCACUGUGGAUGUCUUCUAAAUGGCUCUCUAUGAAUGUCCUAAUGCUGGAUGAGAAACGUGUGAUGGUGGAUGCCAAUGAGACAUCAAUUCAGAAGAUGUUUGAAAAUCUGGGCAUUUCCACAAUUAAAGUGAACAUUCGCCAUGCCAACUCAUUGGGAGGUGGUUUCCAUUGCUGGACAUGUGAUAUCCGCCGCCGUGGUGCCCUGCAAUCUUAUUUUGACUAGUUAUGAGCCAGAUAGGUACAAUGGUUCAGCUUCUAAAAUAAGCAUAGGAAAUUAAUAAAUUAAUUUCACUUUUGUUAAAACAACUGCAUGAGCUCUAGUGGUUGAUCAGUGGUAUCCUUACAGUGGUCUGGUAAAUGAUUUAUUCUUACAUACUCUUCACUUUCAGCAGUAUAACUGAAACUACUUCCACUAGCAAUACAGGUUUUCUGGCCGGCUUUUUGAAAUACAUCCUUCAUAUAUAAAGCCUUUUCACAUUGGCUUUGAAUGUAAAAACUUGACAAGACAGCUAAAUGGUCUUACUAAAAUAGCUUGGCCACUAAUCUUCAACAUCUACCUCUGUCUAGUUACUCUAUCAAAGAGGCAGCUUGAAAUGUUAAACUGGAGCAUACUUUUCUUGUUCCUUUUAAUCAGUCUGUUGUUCUGAUAUAUUCAUUUUUAAUGAAGUUAAAAUCGAUGGAACUGUACAGAUCUCUUAUGGAACCAAGUAAUUUUUUAACAUUUUUCAUGUUGAGCCAUACAGCUAUUUACAGAGAAUAUCCAGUAUGAUCUAACUUUUAAAACAUAUUCACUUACUUGCUGUGGCCUUCUGCAUUUUUUCUGAUAAGUCAUGCAUCUGGAUACUUUUUAUAUAUUGCUUUUUGUAUUGCUGAAAUUGGUUUUUAUUUAACUUUUAAGUGUACAAAUGAUAGCUAAUAUUCUGCUUGUACAGGUUUUACUCUGAAUUGUUUACAUAACUUAAAAAAAAGAGAGCACAAAACACAAAAACCCAAGAGCCCCCCUCUAACCCUAAACCUCUGACAUCUUCCAAACUCUUUUUCCUCCAACUGUAGCAGAUACAGAAAGAUGCAUCAAACAUGACAGAUGCUGUGAAGGAGUUUGAGUAUUGAUUACCAAGUAUGUACUUUUUAUGCUAAUAAAGUUUUUUGCAUUCUCAA